CAGAGAGAGAACCCGCGGCGAAGAUGGCGGCCGAGUCGGUUCAGGGAGACCCCACCAGCCUCAUGGUCACCCAGCGGCUGGGCCUCAGUCAGAGCAUGGAUCUGUCGGACACCAGCGUCCAGCAGAAACUCCAGGAGCUCAAGGACCAGAUCCAGAAGGAGAUACACAAGGAGCUGAAGAUCAAGGAGGGAGGCGAGAACUUGAGGAAGGUGACGACCGACAAGAAGCACCUGGCCAACGUGGAGAACCUCCUCAAGGUGUCCAGCAAGAAGAUCGAGCAGCUCCACCAGGAGCUGCAGGACCUCGACGCGCACAUCGUCGUCAAAGACCCCGACGACGUCACAGACGAGCCGAUGUCCCCGGACGCGGGGCGUCGCGAGGCCGGGCCCAGCGCUCCCAACACUCGCAUCGGAGCUCUCGAAAAGCAGCUCAACAUCGAGCUGAAGGUCAAGCAAGGUGCUGAGAACAUGAUCCAGAUGUACUCCAACGGGCCCUCCAAGGACCGCAAGAUGUUGGCCACAGCACAGCAAAUGCUGCAGGACAGUAAAACCAAGAUCGAAAUCAUCCGCAUGCAGAUCCUCAAGUCGACGCAGGCCAGCGAGCUCACUCUGGACGCCAGGGAACGCAUCGCCAAGACGGAGGCGUCGUUCAGCCCGCUGGAGCUUCGCAUGGAGGAGCUGCGGCACCACCUGCGCAUCGAGUCGGCCGUGGCCGAGGGGGCCAAGAACGUCGUGCGCCAGUUGGGGGCUCGCGCCAAGGACAACAAGAAGGCGCUGUCUGAGGCUCAGGUUGAGCUGCAGGAGUCGAGCCAGAAGAUGGACCUCCUGCGGUUGUCCCUGGAACGCCGCGUGGAGGAGCUCCCGCCGGGACACCCCAAGAGGGCUCUGAUCAAGGAGGAGCUGCUCACCGUCGCCUCGCCGCACCACACGCCACGCAAUCAGUCGGGCUUGGGGCCCGCCUACCAGGCCAGCCAGUACACCACCAUCACCAAGCCUGCCGCGCUCACGGGCACGCUGGAAGUGCGCCUCAUGGGCUGCCAGGACCUGCUGGAGAGCGUCCCCAACCGCUCGAAGGCGACGGCGGCCACGCUGCCCGCCGGUAGCCCCGGCGACAACAAGACGGGCUCCUUCAUCAGCCGCAGCAACAAGAGCGUGUACGGGCGCUCCGUGUCCGUGCGCUCCACCGCCACCAUCAAGCCCGACGACGUCGCCACAGACGAGAUCCUGGCCGUGCUGAAGCUGGACAACUCCGUGGUGGGACAGACGACGUGGAAACCCAUCGGCAACCAGUGCUGGGACCUCAAGUUCACCAUCGAGCUGGACAGGUCGCGUGAGCUGGAGAUCUCGGUGUACUGGCGCGACUGGCGCUCCCUCUGCGCCGUCAAGUUCCUGCGGCUGGAGGACUUCCUGGACAACCAGCGGCACGGCAUGUGCCUCUACCUGGAGCCGCAGGGCAUGCUGUUUGCAGAGGUGACCUUCUUUAACCCGGUCAUCGAGAGGAAACCCAAGCUCCAGCGACAGAGACGGAUCUUCCUCAAGCAGCAAGUGGGCAAGACGUUCCUGAGAGCCCCCCAGAUGAACAUCAACAUCCCCACUUGGAGCCGCCUCAUGAAGCGCUCGGUGCCUCCCUGCAACACCCCCUCGUCCUUCAGCCCCCCGCCGUCGGGCGGAGGGGGGGGGCCCCUGCCCCCCAGCUCCCCCACGCCCGCCGGGACGCGGGAGCACACCAAGACGGCCGGGCCGCAGUCGCCGCUCACCGGGGAUCGCUCGGUGCAGAAGCUGAACUUUGAGGGGGACUCUGCCUCAGGAGCCGACCAGGAGAUGGCCCUUGGCGAGGGGCCGGUGACCCCCGGACCCAACAACAACAACAUGACCCCAGAUGUCCAGGAAGCCAUCUCGUCCUUCGACUUCCUCAACGACAGGCAGAGCGUCCUCAUCUCUCUCCCGUCGGCCACCACCCUCGUUCCGGCCACACCGCCGGCCACGGCACAGCCGCGGCCGGCCCUACCGGCACCCCAGCAGCCGACGCUGCCCCCCGUAGCCAGCCAUCCGAGUUUGAGCAUGGAGAACUUCAGGUGUACUUCUGUGCUGGGUCGGGGCCACUUUGGCAAGGUGCUCCUAGCCGAAUACCGCCACACUGGGGAGAUGUUCGCCAUCAAGGCGUUGAAGAAAGGCGACAUCGUCGCUCGCGAUGAGGUGGAAAGCCUCAUGUGCGAGAAGCGGAUCUUUGAGACGGUGAACAGCGUGCGCCACCCCUUCCUGGUGAACCUCUUCGCCUGCUUUCAGACGCGCGACCACGUCUGCUUUGUCAUGGAGUACGCCCCCGGCGGGGACCUGAUGAUGCACAUCCACGCCGACGUCUUCUCGGAGCCGCGCACCGUGUUCUACGCGGCGUGUGUGGUGCUGGGCCUGCAGUUCCUGCACGAGAACAAGAUCGUGUACAGAGACCUGAAGCUGGACAACCUGCUGCUGGACACGGAGGGCUACUUGAAGAUCGCAGAUUUUGGCCUCUGCAAGGAAGGGAUGGGUUUUGGCGACCGUACCGGCACCUUCUGCGGCACGCCGGAGUUCCUGGCGCCCGAGGUGCUGACGGAGACGGCGUACACGCGUGCCGUCGACUGGUGGGGCCUCGGGGUGCUCGUCUACGAGAUGCUCGUCGGGGAGUCGCCCUUCCCCGGUGAUGACGAGGAGGAGGUGUUUGACAGCAUCGUCAACGACGAGGUCCGCUACCCACGCUUCCUCUCCACCGAAUCUAUUGCCAUUAUGCGCAGGUUGCUGAGGAAGAGUCCAGAGAGGCGGCUGGGCUCGAGUGACCGCGACGCCGACGAGGUGAAGAAGCAGGCGUUCUUCAGGACGAUGGACUGGUCGGCGCUCCUCUCCAAGAAGGUGCGGCCGCCCUUCGUGCCGGUGGUGCACGCCCCGGAGGACGUGAGCAACUUCGACGAGGAGUUCACCUCCGAAGAGCCCGUGCUGACGCCGCCGCGCGAGCCCCGGGUGCUGGCGCGCGACGAGCAGGCGCUCUUCACCGAGUUCGACUACAUCGCCGACUGGUGCUGAGCCG